UGAUGGGCAGGACAUGGAUGUUUACGAGGUGGAGUCGCGCAUCCCGCUCCCGCGACCCUUCCCUCUGAGCCACCUGCUGCACGAGAAGAACUCCGUAGUAGUGCAGACGCAGAUCUCGCACGUCAACCGGCGAGACAACAGCCACCUUCUCAAAGUCGUCUCUAAGAUCUCCCUGCCCACGCCGCCGUAUACACUGGAGCACGCGGAGGUCACGCAGACGGAGCUGAUCAGAGAGAAGUUCAGGCAGAAUGAGGAGAUGGAGGAGCUGCAGCGCAGACAGGAGGAGCUGCAGGAGCGUCUGUGUGAGGAGGAGCGCGCGCGGGAGCAGCUGGCACUGGAGCUGCACAGAGCUGAAGGUGUGUGUGUGUGGUGUGAGAGAGAGAGUGUGUGAGUGUGUGUGUGUUGUG